AUGUUUAGUUGUGGUGUUGUCACCGUCCUGUUGUUGUAUUCGGUUUCCAUAUUUGCAUCUAAAAAUGUCGAAGGAUCUCAACCAGUUCUUCAGAAGACUGUUGAAGAAUUAUUCACGCAGCGAUCUCCAGUCAUACAUCCUGGGGCAUGCAAAAUCUUACCAGCAUCUCGUCGACAAUCCAAAAUAUGCAAACGGAACUCUGGACUAGCGAACGUUCUGGAAACCGCUAAAGGUCAAGCGAUAAACGCUUGCGAGGAGACUUUCAAAUACGACAGAUGGAAUUGCUCAGUCGUCUUCAACGGAAACCCGAAGAAAAAGAUAUUCAAUAAGAUCUAUAGAGAGACUGCAUUUGUGAACGCUCUCAUUGCAGCGUCUAUAGCACACGCAGUGGCAAAAGCAUGCGCGUCCGGUGAUCUGACUAAGUGUACAUGUGUCGGAAGCUUCGGUAAGAACGCAAACUUCACUUGGAAGAACAACGGCUGUGGCGAUGAUUUCAAGCAAGGCCAGAGAGUCGCCAAAAACUUUCUCGACUUCAAACACGCCGGAAACGAUCAAAUAGCUGAUAUACUAAAACAGGAUGUUUUGGUCGGAAUAGAUUCUAUCGGGGAACAAAUGAAGGAGGUAUGCAAAUGUCACGGUUUCUCAGGAUCGUGUACGACGAAGACUUGCUGGAAGAGAUUGGGACCGUUCCAAUCAGCUAUGGGUUCACUGAAGAAGCAUUACCAUCACGCGAUAAAAAAGAAGAUUAUAAAUUACACAACGAAAAGGGCGAUCUCGCCGAAGAUUAGGAAGAGACUGAAGGUUAACAGGAAGGAGUUGGUGUUUUUGCAGAAAACACCAAAUUUGUGUGUUAGUACGAGGGGUAGGGUGUGCAAAGACAGACAUAACUGUGCAAGUUUGUGCUGUGGAAGGGGAUUUGUCACAACUAAGAGAACAGUGAAAUCUAGGUGCAGAUGUAAAAUGGUGAACUGUUGCUAUGUUCAGUGUGAUACGUGCGUUGAGGAGGUCGACCAGUUAACAGCUGCAGAUGCAGCGGCGAUCAACGGCUUAACGUGCCUCCUGAAGCACGGAGAAGCUCGGGACUCAGUAGGUUCAAGAGUCAGGUCUCAAAAAGAAGUCGUAAGCCUACUGCUGGACAUAGGCCUCCCCCAAGGAGUUCCAAACCGAUCAGUUCUGCGCUACCCGUAUCCAACAGCUUCUUGCGACCUUUACCAGAUCGUCGGACCAUCUUGUGGGGGACUACCAACGCUCGUCUCCCGAUACGCGGCUGCCACUCGAGGACGUUUCCACUCCAACGGCCGUCAAUCCUCCUUGCAAUGUGCCCUGUCCUUUGUCCUGCUAUUUAAGGUUCGCAAUUCUUUGGGAUAUGUUGGCGACCUUAGUUAUCCUGCAGAUCUCAUGAUUUCUGAUUCGAUCACGCAGAGUAAUCUCGACCCUGAUCUCCAUUGCCGUUUGGAUGACUUUGAGUUGAGCCUUCUUAUGAGGACCAUUGUGAGCGGUCACGCCUAG